AUCGAAACCUUUCUUCUUCUUCUUCAUCAAUGGCUACUAUUGCCAUGGCAGAAAAGAAGAAAGAGAACCUACAACAGCAACAAGAAGAGCAAUCCACAAUCCCACUAUUGACGGUGCUCAAGAACAACGCAAUUCUCAAGAACAUCUUCAUCAUCUUCGACAGCGAAGAACACGCAGUUCUCAUUGGAAGACACCCACAUUGCGACGUCGUCCUCACGCACCCCAGCGUUAGCCGCUUCCACCUCAAGAUUCGCUCGAAACCCUCUUCCUGCACGCUUUCUCUCGUCGAUUUGGGUUCUGUGCAUGGGACGUGGGCGUGUGGGAGGAAGCUUGAGCCAGGGGUGAGUGUGGAGUUGAAGGAAGGGGACACUUUCACUGUUGGGGUUUCCACUAGGGUUUAUCGUCUCAGCUGGGUUCCUCUUGCGCAAUUGGAUGCAUUUGUGCCCCAAGAAGAAGAAGAAAAAGAUCAAGAGAUAAUCAAGGAUGAGAAUUUGGAAGUCAGUGUGGAACUUGUUUCUUUUUGUUGUGAUGAAGAAAGGAAGAGCUAUUCUAAGGAUGAAACAUUUGGAGUUCCCAAUGACUCCUUUGGAACUGAAAUGGAAUGUUUUCCUACAAUGUCUGGUGGUGAAAAUAAACUGGGUGGUUUUCAAGACCGUGUUCUAUUUCCCCCUUAUGUACAAUCGGUUGAUGAAGUUGACCACACACAGAAAAUUGAUGCUUGUCCUGAAGUGGAGAUGCCUGGAGAAACCAAUUUGCUUUGUACAUUUAGUGAAUUUUUGACACACAACAUUUGUCUUCCAGUUGUGGAAGCAGUCCAGGGGGCUAAAAUGCAUUGUUCCAGCUCACUUACAAAUGUUAACCCAGCUUCUUUUGAUGAAAAGGGUGCUGCUGUAAUACCUAAAGAAUCUGAAUUUGGAUACACAUGCAGAGAUCAUGAGAAGAAUGGAGAUAUUUUAACCAUUGGAGCAAGAAUUUUCAAUUCUGAGAAUGCAUGUUUGCUUGUUGGUGAUGAUAUUCCUGUUGCUAAAUUUCAUCAAAUCAAGAUUGUUGAAGAUGCAUCUGUGGAUUUAUCAUCUGAUGGAGAAAACCAAGAUGAAUGUAUUAAACAAUAUAAGUCAAAGUUGCCGGACCAGAAUGCUAAACCCUGCCAUGAGCAAUGGUACUCUCUGGAUGAAUUAAUUGAAGAUAAGAGCAUUGAAAAUAUAGAUUCUGCAUCUUUUGAUGAAAAAGGCAUAGCUGCAGUGACUGUAAUGCCUACAGAAUCUGAAUUUGGAUCCACAAUCAGAGAUGAGGAAAAAACUGAAGAUGUUUUGACAAGGGAAUCUAGAAUUAUCAAUUCUGAGAACACAUCCUUGCUGGAUGAGGAAGCUAUUCCUGUUAACAAAUUUCAACAAAUCAAGAUUGUUGAAGAAGCAGCGGAUUCAAUACCUGAUGGAGAAAAAGAAGAUAAAUGUUGCAAGGAGUUGAAUUUAAAGUUACAGGCAUCCCUGAAUGCUAAAUGCUGUGUCGACCUAGUUAACUCAGUGGAUGAAAUAGCUGAUGAUACUGUAAACAAGUAUGAAAACAGCAUCUCCUCCACAUCAUUUAAAGUAGAAUCACCAAAUUGUUCAAUGCCUCAGGAAGCUGUUUUUAAUAUUACAAACAAGAUUGAGAACCAGACCCCUCAAUCUCUCAUUGCUACAACAAGAUGCUCUGAGAUGAAGAUCCUGGAAGAACAUGUAGGACCAACAGAGAAAAGUUCAACCUUCAGCAAUAUUUGGGCAAAAAGAGGGAAGGCUGUUAGUGCUCCUCAAGUUCGAGUUAGAAAGAGUAGAUAUAAGAGCAUAUCUAAAGUUGACACUGAAGUUGAAAUGAGUAAUGUGAAUGAUAUCAUAAAUAAAGCAAUGCCAAAGGAUAUUUUCUGUGUUCUUAGUGAUGAAGAAGAAAUAUUCUCUCAAAAUAGGGAAAACUCUGGCGCAAAUACCUAUCAUUUGAGGUUUAUGAGAAAGAAAGGUAAUCUAGAAGAAAUUAAACAUUCCAAAUCACAAAGGUCACUCAAUUGGAAGGCUGAUUGUAGUCCCAACAUCUAUUCAGCCAAAAACAUAAAUGCCAUUUCAAACAAAGAGAACCAGACUCCAAAAUUAUCCCGAGAAUGGAAGCCACAAAGAAAGCCUAUUGAAUGUCACAUUAACUCGGUUUGCAAACGAGAUAUCAUGGAAUUAAAGAAGAACAGAACGGAAAGGGUACCCUUUCAAUCACUAACUAACUCUGGAGGUGAUCGCAAAUCAAUGGUUUCUAAAUCAGUGGUUUCUGGUCCUGUUGGUGCUGCAAAAACCAUUAAUGAUGCAAGUAAUUGUGGUCAGAUUUCACGCAAGCACACUAAACCUUCUCAUAUUAGUGGAGAACAAAAGAAGAGCUGGGACAUGGUUGCAGACGCUACUUCUCUUCUGAACAAGGAGUCAAGGAAAGCUUUGCAGCUUCUACAAGGUCUCAGUGGGACUCGCUUAAUCAUUCCAAAAUUGGUCAUAAGGGAACUGAACAGCAUGAAGCAACAAUUAAGAAUUUUCAGAAGGACAUCAGAGGCUUCUUUGGCCUUGGAAUUUAUUGAAGAAUGCAUGGAGAAAACAAGGAGGUGGAUUCAUAUUCAAAGCUCAAAGGAAUGUGCUUCGCCAACAGUUGAAAAUCAUAUCCUUGACUGCGCUCUUCAAUAUAGAAGAAAGGAGAAUGUGGGACAACUUGUCCUGCUUAGUGAUGAUGUCUCGUUGAAAAUCAAAUCCAUGGCAAAGGGGUUACUAUGUGAGACAGUGCAGCAAUUUCGGCAUAGUUUAGUGAACCCCUUCUCUGAGAGGUUCAUGUGGCCAAACAGCUCUCCUCGGGGACCUACUUGGUCUUGCCAAGAUGAUGUAGUUUUAAGGGAGAAAUAUUAUGGUUUGCCAUCAAAGGCUGGUUUGAAGCUCAUUACUCAGCCCAUUUUGUAAUUUCCAUGAUUAAUUUCUAAAAGAAUCUUGUUUUUCAAUUUUCAAACAUGCUCUUUAAUUCUCCUU